AUCAAGAGUUCACUCACUGAGUCUCGCGCUACAGCAGGGAAACAUGAUCAUUGACGGUGUUUGUGAGGAUUUUUAUGGUUUCCUGGACCGGGACACUGACGUCUUGACGAGUCCGAUUAAUUUGGGUUCAUUUUAUAACUGCACGUCACCCACCGAACCGAAUCUGACCGCUGGCUCUCCGAUCUCUGGUUCGGACCAGAGCUGGAACAGCCCGCAGAACUGCGUCAAUGUGAAAGCAAGUCGAUAUCAAGGUGUGCGCGUGAAGAACACAGUAAAAGAACUCAUCAUGCAGAAACGUCACGACGUUCAGACUCAACAAUAUCACAUGGAAACUGAAUUCCCAGCUGUGAGCCAUAAGAGAAGUGCAGAGAAUCUUUCUCACUAUCCCGAGAAAAGACUCGCACCUGCAGACAGAAACAUGUCUCCGUGCUCUCAAAGUGGGGAGAUCUUUUAUGAGUGGGAGAUGUUGGACGAUAUCAGCGAUGACUGGUCUAAAGAGCGCCUCUCCAUUGAGUCGGUCGUAGUCAAAGGAUGCCCGACACCGCAUCAGUCACUUUAUGCUGAUGUAGAAACCCCCACUUACACGGCUUGCCAUCUCCUACCACCAACGGAGAACGUGUAUCCUCCCUCCAUUCAAAUCCAGAGCUCUCCGAUGGCUCCCGGGCUCAGUAUGACCAGCGCUCCGCCGGUUUCUUUUUUCGAAUGGCAGAUUCAACAGGAGGAUGAGAAACUGGCAGGCUUGAGCCACGUGGAGCUGACCUCUAGAGAUGAGGACGGAGACACGUUCUUGCACAUCGCAGUGGCGCAGGGCAGGAGAGCUUUGGCGUUUGUUCUCGCUAGAAAAAUGGCCGCCAUUAACAUGCUGGACAUGAAAGAACACAACAAGCAGAGCGCCUUUCAGGUGAGUGUCGCGGCAAACCAGCAUCUGAUUGCACAAGACCUGCUUUCACUGGGAGCUGAAAUCGACACGCUGGACUACUGGGGCCGAACCCCAUUACACGUGUGUGCUGAGAAGGGUCACACCUUAACCCUACAGGCCAUCCAGAAAUCCAUGCAGAUCAACGGGAGACACCUCAACAUGGAGGCCGUGAAUUAUGAUGGACUUGCGCCCCUCCAUGUAGCAAUUCUAUCCCACAAUGCAGUGGUGCAGGAGCUGGCUUGUCACAGGACGCCCCCCUCAGGUCACACUGUCGCUCUGCUGCAGAGGAGGAAACUACUGGGCGAAUGUAUAAACACACUGUUGCUCAUGGGCGCUUCUAUCGAAGCCAAGGAUCGCAAAAGCGGCCGCACCGCUCUGCACAUGGCGGCCGAGGAGGCAAACAUUGAACUUCUGAGGCUUUUUCUGGACCAGCCCAACUACUGCUCUGUCAUAAACACAAAGGCCUUUAACGGGAACACGGCACUUCAUGUGGUCAGCGCGGUGCAGGGUCGCCAAGCUCAGCUGGAUGCUGUUCGACUGCUGCUGAGACGUGGAGCCGAUCCCGGCACUAAGAACCUUGAGAACGAGCAAGCGGCCCAACUCGUGCCCGAGGGUCCUAUGGGAGACCAGGUGCGUCGGACCCUGAAAGGGAAAAUAGCCUUUUCUCGUCCGUGAGCACGGUCUUCCGAGGCUUCCUUCUAGAAACGCUGUCAGUUAGGCAGUCCGGUUUGUACAGAUUCAUUUGUCGCUAUCAGGCAGAUGUCGGUUGUUUCUGUGAAACAGCUUCAUCAUUGUUCACUACUGUGUAGUAGACGGUACAAGAAUGUGAAUGCAACACUUCAGAGAAUCGGUCUUGACAUUAUGAUAGAAAGAUUUAAAGCGCGAGAAACAGCAAAUGUGCGCUCACUUUGAUUGGAUGUUUAAUCCAGAUUCAGGUCUCAGAGUGAAGUGUGAAUGUUCUGCAGCGACUCUGAAUGUUGCAUUUGAUGUGUAAAGGUUUGUAAACGGUUUCUUGACUAGCCAUGUUACUCUAGCUUUAGUAGUAGUAGGGUUAAUAUUUUGGGGAAAUUGGUACGUGGUGAUGGAUGGUAACAAAACGGUAACAAACCACUUUGAGAUUUUAAUCUGUGAAACCUGUUGAGCAGGAAUGUGUCUGCAAGUCACGUCUGUUCAUGCUGUGUUCCUUUUCUUCUACUGCUAACAACAGAUCUGAAAACUGAUUCCCAACCUUUUUAAAGUGUUAGCAUGAGUUUUGGAAAAUCCCAGUGUGAGAUUGUGUUAUGAUAUUACUGAUGUACUUAUGUUUUUUGGGAAAUGGGUAAAAGUUGUAAUCUGUAUAUAUUAAGUGCUAGAACAUUGUUCAUUGGGAAGUUUUUGGGUUGUUGGGAAGUUUUUCUCUUUAUUGAAUUAAUUUGUUUGUCUGCAUAUUUGAACUGUAAAAUGUAAUCCAAAAGUAAAUAAAGAUGAUCUUUUCUUG